AUGUGCUGGUGGGAGGUAGCAGGUGCUCAUGGAGUAGUCAAGGCACGUGCAAGCUGGCCCGUGAAUCUUCAGAUAAGGAGAACAGGAAAUAGGAUAAACGAUAGGAGGAACUUACGGUUCAAUUUCACCGGAGAAGAUAUCGACGGAGUUUGCCGCAGAGAUAUCGGUGUACCAAGGUUAGCUGGUUACUGGUUAGUGGAUAGGGCAUUAGCAUUUAGCAAUUUAGAUUACAGUACAGUUGAGCGGCGAUUUGGCAAUUUCCGACUUCCUGGCGAUUUCCGACUUCCGAGCUCCGACUUCUCACUCCUCAGUCCUCACUCCUCACAAAUUCCGGGCAAACGAAGAUGUUGUUGUUGCGAACUUGCGAUAGUUUCAAUUUUCAAAGUGCAAUUGGUUGUUCAGGUGUUCCUGAUGUUGCUGCUGCAUCUUAGUUACAAUUGCAACUUGGCAGUAUGUAAAUGUUUGGUUGUUCAGGUGUUCUGCAGAUGGUUUGGCUGUUCAGGUGUUCUGCAGAUGCUUGUUACAUGUUGUGCAGGUGUUCUGAAUGCUAGUCAUCUCUUUUAAAGAAUGACAAGAAUAAUUCUGGUUUUUCUUGUUUGGCUACAGAUCUAUUAGCUUGGCUGCAGAUGAUUGUUACAUGUCCUGAAGCCUUAAGUCUAAUUAUGUUGUGUGCCUGUGUCUGUUUAAGACUGAAGGCACAACUGCAUUUGUUACUAAUUGUAAUUUUCAUUCACAACUGCAUGCCUAAAUUCAAGCUGAUCUUCCCUCCUAUAACAGUGUAAACAAUCUAGUAAGUAAAUUUUUUUCCUCA